AGAUCACCAAGUACGACAAGAUCUGCGAGUAGGCGUACGCUCGCUCCAAAGACGAGAAGAUCUUGCACAUCAAGCACUGGUUGGACUCACCGUGGCCUGGUUUUGUCACUCUAGAUGGACAACCCAAGUCCAUGAGCUGUCCUUCUACCGGUCUGACCGAGGAAACCCUGAACCACAUUAGACACAUGGCGUCGUCCAUCCUGGUGGAGGACUUCACCAUCCACGGAGGUCUGAGUCGGAUCCUGAAGGGCCGCGGAGAGAUGAUCAAGAACCGGACCGUGGACUGGGCUCUGGGCAAGUACAUGGUCUACGGGUCUCUGCUGCAGGAGGGGAUCCACAUCCGCCUGUCGGGACAGGACGUGGAGCGAGGAACCUUCAGCCACCGCCAUCAUGUUCUCCACGACCAGAACGUAGACAAGAGGAUCUGCAUCCCCAUGAACCACCUGUCCCCGGACCAGGCCCCCUGCACCGUCUGCAACAGCUCCCUGUCCGAGUACGGAGUCCUGGGUAAGGUCCUCCGACACCUAGGGACGGGAAUCGAGAACCGCUUCUUUUUGAGAACCGGAUCCCAGUAGCUCAAUUCC